UGUGUUCAUGGCCUCUCGGGUUAGCUCGAAGCACAGUCAGGAUGUCCCAUGGAAGGUGGCAGGGGCACCGUGGGCUGACAGCCCCAACCCCCUGAGUGGCAGGGCUAGCAGCCCCGGGCUCGCCACAGCCUGACAGAGAGCGGGCCCUGAAGGCAGGCAGGGGAGAAACAGCAUCUGCAGUGCCGCUGGCCUGGUUAAACUUUGAGGAAAUGAUCACUAGACCCUCUCCUAUUAAAUGGCUCCUAGUCACACUUUAAUUCCAGUCAGAGUGACUCCUCUCUCCACCCGCCUUGCUCCCCAAAUUUGGCUUUUUCCUGAGAGCUGUGGUCUUCUAUGUCUCUGAGAGGUUCCCAUGGCCUCCAGAUUACAGCACAGGGUUCCAGGUCUCUGGGCGACGGCCAGCAGGCAGAUACCCGGGAGCCUGGGUUGGCUCUGACUCAGUGACACGGCUGCCCUGACAUGCUCGUGAGGAGGCCAGCGUGGGCAGAGCCUCAGGAGAAGCCGGCCGGUGAGACCGAUCCCGCUGUCCUGGGCUGGCCUCUGUGAGGUGGAAGUCGGAUGGUGGUACCCAGGAGAACUCCAUGGCGUUUCCUGAACUCCUGGACCGGGUAGGAAGCCUGGGCAGGUUUCAGUUCCUCCAGACGGUGGCUUUGGUGAGCCCCAUUUUGUGGGUGACCACCCAGAACAUGCUGGAGAACUUCUCAGCCGCUGUGCCCCGCCAUCGCUGUUGGGUGGACCUUCUGGACAACAGCACUGCCCAUGAGAAUGUCACCAUGGACUUUGGGCCCGAAAGCCUGCUGGCCAUCUCCAUCCCACCUGGCCCGGAUCAGCAACCCCACCAGUGCCGGCGCUUCCGCCAACCUCAGUGGCAGCUUCUCGAGCCCAACACCACGGCCGCCAACUGGAGCCGGGCCGACACUGAGCCGUGUGGGGACGGCUGGGUCUACGACCACAGCACCUUCACGUCCACAAUCGUGACCACGUGGAACCUGGUAUGUGACUCCCAGGCCCUGAGACCCAUGGCCCAGUCCAUCUACCUAGCUGGAAUCCUGGUAGGGGCCGCAGUGUGCGGCCAUGCCUCAGAUAGGUUUGGGCGCAGGAGAGUCCUGACCUGGAGCUACUUUCUGGUGUCUGUGUCCGGCUCAGCAGCUGCCUUCGUUCCCACCCUGCCCCUCUACUGCCUGUUCCGUUCCCUGGUGGCCUUUGCAGUGGCGGGUGUCAUGAUGAGCUCAGCCACUCUGUUGAUGGAGUGGACGUCCUCCCGGGCCAGUGCCUUGAUGAUGACCCUGAACGCCUUGGGCUUCAGCUUUGGGCAGGUCCUGACAGGCUCUGUGGCCUAUGGCGUGCGCAGCUGGAGGAUGCUACAGCUGGCUGUUUCUGCCCCCUUCUUCCUAUUCUUUGUAUAUUCAUGGUGGCUGCCAGAAUCGGCACGCUGGCUCCUCACGGUGGGCAAGCUGGACCAGGGCCUGCAGGAACUACAGAGGGUGGCGGCUGCCAACCGGAAGAAGGCAGAGGGAGACACACUGACCAUCGAGGUCUUGCGGUCAGCCAUUCAGGAGGAACCAAGUGGGGACCAAACUCGUGCAGGGCUUGGCACUCUGCUCCACACACCUGGGCUGCGCCUCCGAACCUUCGUCUCCAUGCUGUGCUGGUUUGCCUUUGGCUUCACCUUCUACGGCCUGGCCCUCGACCUGCAAGCCCUGGGAAGCAAUAUCUUCCUGCUCCAAGCACUCAUUGGGAUUGUGGACCUCCCAGUGAAGACGGGCAGCCUGCUGCUGCUCAACCACCUGGGCCGGCGCCACUGCCAGGCCGGCUCGCUGGUGCUGUCGGGCCUCUGCAUCCUGGCUAACAUACUGGUGCCCCACGACAUGGGGGUCCUUCGCUCGUCUCUGGCUGUGCUGGGGCUGGGGUCACUGGGGGCUGCCUUCACCUGCGUCACCAUCUUCAGCAGCGAGCUCUUCCCCACUGUGCUCAGGAUGACAGCAGUGGGCCUGGGCCAGGUAGCAGCCCGAGGGGGCGCCAUCUUAGGGCCCCUGGUGCGGCUGCUGGGCCUCUACGUCUCCUGGCUGCCCCUGUUGGUGUACGGAACGGUGCCGGUGAUAAGCGGCCUGGCCGCGCUGCUGCUGCCUGAGACCAAGAACUUGCCACUGCCUGACACCAUCCAAGACAUCCAGAAGCAGUCAGGGAAGAAGGCAACACACGACACAGCAGUCAGCACCAUCCUGGUGUCUACGCAGCUGUAGCCUCCGGGAGAACCCAGGAUAGGACCAGAGAAGGAGGACCACGACUACAACGAUGAGAAAAGAAGAAAAGGGGGAGAGAGAGGGAAAGGGCAGGGCUGGCACUGGCAGGCAAAGGCACCCGCCUCCAAGGCCGACCUUCUGAACUCCAUCCCCAGAACCCACAUGGUGGGCAGGAGAGAAACGACUCCACAAA